AAUGCUGAUGCUGUUUCUGUUUCUGUGCUCUUUUCCACUUGGAGGAGAAAUCUCUUUUCCCCACCCCCAAGCCCACCUCUAGGAUGUAAGUAAUGGUGAGAAGAUGAAGAUGAAAACAGUGCAGUCUGAGUGACUGGAAAUACAGCAGUCUAUUUUAGCUGCAGUGUUAUGUAGGAGUCGUCUUCAGACUUGUUACCUUUGGUUUUUUCAACACAAACUGCUUGCAGAUUUUGGAAGGCUGUUAAAGGACUCACGACCCGUGUGUUAGUGUUUUACGUGUAUCAUCAUGUUACCUUGCUUUUCCCUGGACAGCUGUGUUCAAAGCUUCAUGUGGAAAUCUUUCUAUUGAAGAGAGAUAAAAAGGAUCCUUAAUCUGAUUCUCUUUGGAUCUUUCUAUUUUUAUGGUAUAAGUUUAUCUAUUCAUGGGGCUGAAAAGCGUGUGCAAAUUUGUCAGAGGAAAACUGCAGCAAGCUACCCAGUGUCACAGCGUCCGCCUGUGGUUGGGCAUCCUUCACUCCCACAAGUCAGAAGGUCAAUAAAAAUGGAAGCCUCGUCUUCUGGAUCUAGUAUUUCAGCAGUCACUGGUGGAAAAGCAAAAACCCAUCAGCCAGAAGGAAGAGAGGAUUUGCAGGUUAACCAACUGGAAACACAAAUAUGGAUAAAACCAGGCAUACAGAAGACAGAUGUGGACUUUUCAGAAAUUCUUAAUGCAAUACAUGAAAUAGCUAAAGAUGUCAACAUUUUUUUUGAUGAGUUAGAAGGUGUGAACAGCCCUUCCAAAGAUGAUGACUCCCUGCUUCACCAUGGUAAUUUAACCAGUACUUCUGAUGAUGCCAGCCGGCUGGAAGUUGUGGGAGAGGAGGUACCUGAUAAGAACAAAGCUAAUGGACUGUAUUUUCGAGAUGGAAAAUGUCGGAUUGACUACAUCCUGGUGUACAGAAAAUCCAAUCCACAGACAGAAAAGAGGGAAGUAUUUGAGAGAAAUAUCAGAGCAGAAGGUCUUCAAAUGGAAAAAGAGUCAUCUUUAACAAACAGUGACAUCAUCUUCGUGAAGUUGCAUGCCCCUUGGGAGGUCCUGGGCAAAUACGCUGAACUAAUGAAUGUAAGAAUGCCUUUCAGGCCCUUUAACCCCUUCAAUGCUGGAGCCCCCUGCAUACUUGUGCGCUGCUGUUUUUUAAAUGGACAUUUCAUUGAAAUCAAUGGGAGGUCAAGAAGAUCCAGGAGAAAAAUCUAUUACCUGCAUCGCCGAUACAAGUUCAUGAAUAGGAUCGAGAAACAAAUAAGCAGGUUUCGAGGAUGGUUACCUAGAAAGCCAAUGAAACUGGACAAGGAGACACUGCCAGAUCUGGAGGAGAACGAUUGCUAUACUGCUCCAUUCAGUCAACAAAGGAUCCAUCACUUCAUCAUACACAACAAAGAUACUUUCUUCAAUAAUGCUACAAGAAGUAGAAUUGUACACCAUAUCUUACAAAGAGUGAAAUAUGAAGAAGGGAAAAACAAAAUUGGUCUGAAUAGAUUGCUCAGUAAUGGCUCCUAUGAAGCUGCAUUUCCUCUUCAUGAGGGAAGUUACAGAAGUAAGAAUUCAAUAAGAACACACGGGGCAGAAAACCACAGACACUUACUCUAUGAGUGCUGGGCUUCCUGGGGAGUGUGGUAUAAAUACCAGCCGCUGGACCUUGUGAGACGAUACUUUGGUGAGAAAAUUGGACUGUACUUUGCAUGGUUAGGCUGGUACACAGGGAUGCUCUUCCCAGCUGCCUUCAUUGGAUUGUUUGUCUUUUUGUAUGGAGUCACCACUUUGAACCACUGCCAAGUCAGUAAAGAAGUCUGCCAAGCUACAGAUAUCAUAAUGUGUCCAAUAUGUGAUAAAUACUGUCCCUUCAUGAGGCUGUCAGAUAGCUGCGUUUAUGCCAAGGUAACCCACCUUUUUGACAAUGGAGCUACUGUCUUUUUUGCUGUUUUCAUGGCAGUGUGGGCAACUGUUUUUCUGGAGUUUUGGAAAAGGCGGCGAGCAGUAAUUGCUUAUGACUGGGACUUGAUAGACUGGGAAGAAGAGGAGGAGGAAAUACGGCCACAGUUUGAAGCCAAGUACUCCAAGAAAGAACGAAUGAACCCCAUAUCCGGGAAGCCAGAGCCUUAUCAAGCAUUUGCAGAUAAAUGCAGCAGACUCAUUGUUUCUGCAUCGGGAAUAUUUUUUAUGAUCUGUGUGGUGAUUGCUGCUGUUUUUGGCAUUGUUAUUUACCGUGUUGUGACUGUCAGCACUUUUGCUGCCUUUAAAUGGGCUUUAAUCAGAAAUAACUCUCAGGUUGCAACUACAGGGACUGCAGUGUGCAUCAACUUUUGCAUCAUCAUGUUACUGAAUGUGCUGUAUGAAAAGGUCGCUCUUUUCCUAACAAAUUUGGAGCAGCCCCGUACUGAAUCCGAGUGGGAGAACAGCUUCACUCUGAAAAUGUUUCUUUUUCAGUUUGUCAAUCUGAACAGCUCUACCUUUUAUAUAGCAUUCUUCCUUGGAAGAUUUACAGGACACCCUGGUGCCUACUUAAGGCUGAUAAACCGGUGGAGAUUGGAAGAGUGCCACCCUAGUGGAUGCCUUAUUGAUUUGUGUAUGCAAAUGGGUAUUAUAAUGGUGUUAAAGCAGACUUGGAAUAAUUUCAUGGAACUGGGCUACCCACUAAUUCAAAACUGGUGGACCAGGAGAAAACUACGACAAGAGUAUGGCACACAAAGAAAAACAAACUUCCCACAAUGGGAAAAGGACUACAACCUGCAACCUAUGAAUGCUUAUGGACUCUUUGAUGAAUACCUAGAAAUGAUUCUUCAGUUUGGCUUCACAACCAUUUUUGUGGCAGCUUUUCCACUGGCACCACUUCUGGCCUUACUUAACAAUAUUAUUGAAAUUCGGCUUGAUGCAUACAAAUUUGUUACCCAGUGGAGAAGACCUUUAGCUUCAAGAGCCAAAGAUAUAGGAAUAUGGUAUGGGAUCCUUGAAGGCAUUGGAAUCCUUUCUGUUAUCACAAAUGCAUUUGUUAUAGCUGUGACAUCAGAUUUCAUCCCUCGCCUUGUUUAUGCUUACAAAUAUGGACCUUGUGCUGGCCAAGGAGAAGCUGGACAAAAGUGUAUGGUUGGCUAUGUUAAUGCCAGUUUAUCAGUAUUUCUGGUGUCUGACUUUGAAAACCGUUCAGAGCCAACAUCAAAUGGAAGUGAAUUCUCUGGUUCACCUUUAAAAUAUUGCAGGUACAGGGACUACCGGGACCCUCCUCACGCCUCAGUGCCCUAUGGUUACACGCUGCAGUUCUGGCAUGUCUUAGCAGCACGGUUGGCUUUCAUUAUUGUAUUUGAGCACCUUGUCUUCUGCAUAAAGCACCUGAUUUCCUACUUAAUCCCAGAUCUCCCAAAAGAUCUGAGAGAUAGAAUGAGGAGAGAAAAGUAUUUGAUUCAGGAAAUGAUGUAUGAAGCUGAACUAGAACGUCUGCAGAAAGAGAGGAAGGAAAGGAAGAAGAACGGAAAAUCUUAUCACAAUGAGUGGCCAUGAUGGGGUGAGGAAGAAACUGUUUAAAAGAAGAUAGGAAUUUUGUUAAUAGAAUUUUCCUGCUUUUCUGCAGCAGAGAGUGCACUAAAAGGAAUAGUCAGUUGAUGUUUUGUGCACUUAGCACAUGUGCGACUGUGUUUAAUAGGGUGCAUAUUGUCAUAAGCCUUUUGAAAUUAGAGGUUGUGCAAGGCUUAGCCUUCUCCAGAGCUAAUGGCAGCAUGAGCAGAUCAGACCAAUGCUUAAGUCUCUGCAUUCUUCCCAGGAAGCUCCCAGGCCCUGACUUCAAUUCAAGGCCCUGAACUUCAAAGCGGUUACCUAUCUCACAGUGCUUUACAGAACUCAGUGAUCUUAUGGCUCCUCAUGCCCACGCUGCUACUUCUUAACCAGUGACUGCAUGUUAGCAACAUGGCAGUUCUUGUCCAUGAGUGCAGCCACCACCUGCAGCACGUGCAUGGCAACCUUGCCCUCUUCCACGGUGGACUAAACUGUGUUAGCCUGCAUUUAUCACGAGUACUCUUGGAGUACAUUGUGCAUUGGAGUAUCUAUUACUCCAAUGUUACUGAAGUGUAUUUCAGGAUGAGAUGCUUCUUCAUGAUUCCUAUCAACUGGUCUAACAAGGCUAAAACAUUUAGGUGUGCAGGAAUACUGACAGAUAGACAAGCAUCUAAAUGGGGCCAGAAAUAUCUAACCGUUGGGUCAUUUAUUCGGAAGUGAUAGUGUGAAAAGCUGGUAAAAAAUGUUAAAGAUUUGAACAGUGCCUUUUCAGCUAUAGGACUGUCUGGAGUCUGAAGGAAACAAAUAAGGCUACGACAUCUUUCCCAGAACUGCCUGUGUAUUUAUAUUGCAAGAACAUAUUGAGGCCUUGUCAGGAAUGAGGGUGUGUGAUACACAUAAAAGAUAACAGACUGUGUCUUAAAGACCUAUCUGCAUAGGUAAAACAAAAAACAAGAUAAACAAGGUCAGCAGAGCAAAAGAACACAGUCAUCCAGAAUCUCUGCACUUAGAACAUUUUCUUUAUUCAUCCUUCCAUUGACUAUGAAGGGGUGGAGAAGAAAAAUGAAACAACAGACUGGAGUAUGAAAUAGCUUGGAAUCCUUCAUGCAGAUCAAUUCUACACAGGCUGAAGAAUUAGAUUUGGGCAAAAUGAGCCACUUACUAUAUCCUUUUGCAAAUUAUUUAGUAUUAAGAAAUAAAAAUAAUCCCAGAUCAUUAACCCAAAAUAGUGGAGUUGUAGAACUGAAGACUGCAGAAAUGUUGGAUGGAGCAACAUGAAUCAAAAUGCUGAGUGUUGUGAAAGCUCUACCACCUCUUACCUCAAAGGGAUAACACUGCAGUUCUUGCAGAACAUGCAUGGCAUAAUCACCCACAAAAUGAAGAAGAAAGUUUUAAAGCCAAGACUGUAAGAAGCCAAGUGGAAGCAAGCACAUGUCCUAGUGAGGAUACAACUAGAUGCAAAGUGGACCAGUUCCAUUUGCUUAGCCCAUUUCCAAAUACCUGGAGAUCUGUGAAAACUAUAGUUCUCUCAGAAACCUUAAGGAAUUGUGACCUUGCUAGUCUGAAGAAAUUUAAGAGGGAGGAAAACUCAGCAAGUUGUUUCUACCUGUUCUCCUGGAAAACAAUUGAUAGAAAGGCUAAAAUUUGCCCUUCUGGACAGACCACGCAAUGCAAGACAUUAUGGAUGGAUGAUGCAAGCGCCACAUCAGGACCACUUGCACCAAGACCCCAUAUCGCCAAAUUAGAUCUAUUCAUUUCUUUCUGCUGCAUGGCAAAACUCUGCAGUUUCCUUGGUGGAGGUUGGGGGGUAGGUUUUAAUGAAAAGUAAUAUGGCUUGAGGAAGGAGAGGGGUGGAAGAAAAUGUGUGCAUCCCUCAUCUCUGUCGCCACUGCCUGACUACACUUUGCUUCCUUGCAGCAAGGAACCUCCUCCAGUAGUGACCCAUCAUCCUACACAGAAAGGAUAAAAGGCACAGCAGCCCCCAAUUAUCAGGUGCUCCUGGCCCAGGCCUGAAGGUCCCAUGAAGCAACAUAAGGAAUUUCAGGAUUAAUCUGUUUCUAUUGACUCAGUGCCCAAGCGAAUGGGGAAUACAGCUAGUGGUUGUGGGGUGUAUUCCUGCCUGACAAGGAAAUGAACAUGUUCAUCUUUCCUUCAACUUACAGCAGCUGUGGAUACAACCCACGCAGGCAGUUGAGAAAUGGAAUAUUUCUGUGCGUGUAAAUAGGAGAUGGAGAUUAGGCAAUGUCAUCCUCUGACACACACAUGCCAGAUGGGUUAGUAUUUACCAUCCACCACACACAGUUGUAUACGGCACUUGCAAACUGGGGACUUGGUCAGGAUCACUGUGCAAAAUCACGUUCAGACCAAAUUCACAUAAGCAGUUGUAUUUGUUUGCAUAUCCUCUGCUUAAUAUCUAAACCAAUAGAUGAAAAGAGGUUAGAAACUGUUUGCUAAGUGGUAAAGUGAGGCAUGAGUCACGCAUAAAAUCAGUGUCACCCAUAUGAGUGUGAACCUUUGCAAACUCCUGCAGUAAGAUAUAGUUUCGUCGAUGUAGAUUUCAACAACUUCUGAGAACUGAAACCUAGUAGAAUAUAAGCUGAGUUCCACUCGAGGAACCACUGCAAUAUAAUGUGCCAAAACAAAUAAAAUGCAGCAGAAAUACAGCAGAUAAUUGAUUUGGAGACUAGUUGUCAACAUAGCUACAUUGUGUUGAAUUUUCAUGACAAUACCUUGCUAGAAGUUGUGACUCGUUCUGCUCUAAAUGAGAACAUGACUUGUCUGCUUACCAAGCUUAUGCUGAGCAAGAUACUGAAAUGGGCUCUGACCUCCUGGGCAGAUCCUAAAUACAUUUCUGUUGCUAAAUGUUGACCAGUCAGCAUACCAAGGUUUCAUGUGCUGCUGGUCUGCAGAAUAGAUAUCAAAGUCCUUCAAAGCUAUAUAGCAGAAUACUCAGGAAAGAGGACGCCCUUUUGUUUAGUUUGUUAAUUAGGAAAUAUAAAUUACAUGUUAAUAAUAAUAAAUGGAAUUUUAAUGGAUUCUAGACAGCAAAUUUCUGACAUUCCCUUCUUUCUGCUCUGAUACUGGAUUUUGUUUAAACCUCCAGGUGACUGUCCUAUAUGUUGUUUACUUAUUCCAGCUCCACAAAAGCACUACCUUCAAGGGAAUGAGAAAAAAUGCAACUUCAAUGCAUGCCACAGACAUUUUAUAUAGCAAGCAGGACAGCACACAUCAAAGGAUUUACUGUGAAAUCAUCCUGAAAUCAGCAUAGGAUUGAUCUCCAUGAUCUCUUGGCAGCAGCAUGUACUUCAUGAGCAGUUACACGCCAGUUUUUAAAACCAUGGAAAAUAAUUGUAUAUUGGGACUGUUUUUCAGCCUGUUUGCUACGUUUUUUGCAUUCUGUCCCAUGCUGGUUUUACAGAUCUUAGCAUAAAAGAUGUAAAUGCACAACCUGGAUACUUUGACAAAAGUAAAAGCCUAGGUAUAUAACAUCACCUGUUUUCAAGCCACCAAAUACUACAACAGAAACCCUGUUUACAAAUCAGUUCUUUUUUAUUUUCUUUCUGAGGGGACUUACGUUGUUUACCAUAUAUAUAUAAUAUAUAUAAAGUACAUAGAGAGAUUGUUUAUUUGUAAAUAGAAAAAUCCUAUGAAGAAAAAUGGCAAGUUUUCACACUUUAAAAAAAUCAUCAACAUAAAGCCAUGUUUAAUGCUUGUAUAAUGUGACGCAAUAAACUUUAAAAUAAAUUAUGCAUAUGAAAUAUUUUCUCUUUGGCAUUCAUGAGUUAUUCUAUAUUUACCUUAUUUGUUUAGAAAGCAAACAGAGCAGUCAGGUAGAAGCAAAUCUAAAUGCAGAACAAAAAAGGCCCAAAAUCUCUCACUACUUUCUCUCUGUGGAUCCUUUGUGUAAUCACAUAAUAAAACAUCCUUCCCAUUGUUUUUUUAGUUCUUUAACAUGCCUGUUUGUUUGUCUCUUAACCCUGCCAUAUGCUGUAUGUAAUUUGGACAGUGUAGAGUGUUCCCACUCCCAUAUAAUUAAUGGGCUUUGGGCAUUCUGCAUCUCUUUGUCAGAUGAGCUUUUAGCAGGGAGAGAAGAAGGAACAGGGUGCAGGAGUGUGAUAGAGACAAAAGAAUUAACUCACUGCUUUUACACAAACAAGGCCCUUGCUGAGAGUCCAGCUAGAAGAGAACACUAUAUAAUCCUAGAGAAAAUAUUAUACAAAAUCAAUUGCUUUAAUUAUUGAUGCUAAUUAAAAUAAGAAGCAUAUAGGAAAAAAGUAGAGCAGAAAGAGUCACUUCUGUUUCUGCAGCGAUCACAGGAGUCUAGUUAGCAAGAAAUGGGGUAGUUGCCAGGGUCACCUGCAAAGCUUAGGAAUGUUUGUCAAUAAAUCUCUUAGUGCAAGACACUCUCCCCAGUGAAAACACAUCUUGACUUUGCGAUUGUGGACCAAGAGAUAACACCUGGACCAAACUUUCACUUCAUGCCAAAAUUAGAGUUAAAUGGCUGCUCAGUGCUCAAAUAGUGAUCUCAAGUGAAGGUAAGUUAGUAUUUUACCUGUUUUCUCUGUUUUAAACAACUAUGUGAAUUCAAAGCACUGAGAAAAAAAACUCUUUGGUGCUACAUUUUUUCUUAACUAUGAUAACUGAGAAGAUCAGUCUUCACAAACAAAACAGGUAGACAUCACAGGUCAUCCAAGACAGUUUAAGGACAUUAUCAGUUACGGUGCAAACAGUGAUCUUGGUGCAGAAUGGUGCAUUGAAGGUGACGCUGAUGCUGUUUAACACAGUAGCGCUCAGACUCCCUCCUGAGCACUCAGACAGGACUUCAGCAUUUGUGUUGGGAGGGCUGUAGCCAAACCAUCAGGCAUACGGGUCAAGAGCUUGUUACAGGCUUCUGUUCUCUCUACCCACGGCUUGCUUUGUGCCGCUGAGCACAGGUACAUGGAGGCACAUCUGUCCACUUUAUUUCAGCAUUCUGCAGCAGAGUGGAGAUUACUGUACUUACCCUUUUUCAGAUCUAUGAGCUGAAAAUAUGUGGUAAGUACCAGUUAUUACACUCUAAGGCUCUGCUACUAUUCUGUAGCAGAAAAUGCAGCAUCUGUUUCUCGGACAUGAAAAACACAUGGCUUGAUCAGCACUUCUUUUCUGGGGCUUCAGAAGCAUAGCCAGCUUGUUCACUCAGUGGACUGAUUGUCUCAGAGUGACUUGGAUAGUCCCAGAAAAGAGGCCCCUGUCCCGAAUACCAGCAGACUUUAUUCAGGAUGCUAUUAAUUGUCUCAGAACUUAGAUAUAGAGACAUAAUACAUAACUCAUGGGAUCUAUCCUGCUCACUCACAGCCCUUCCCUUCUGUUCCUUGGAACUCACUUCUGUUCCUUGGAACUCGCUAUUUAUUCAUAGUGUUUUCUGAUUCUGUCAUUUCAUCUUAUGCAUUAGAUCAUGAAGCACCCCCUGUCACAGUGGCUUGGAAUAAAUUGAUUUACGUGUUAAAGGGCCCAGGUCAAAGUAGAUAAACUAGCACUUUGUCACAUUCCAAUUUACAGCAGCUUAGCACCUGGCACAAGAGCAGCAGUAACUUUUAGAAAGCAUUUAAGACACGCAGUCAAUGUUUCAUUUGAUUUGCAAGGAUGACUGCUUUAUAAGCUUCACAGCUCGAAUUUCCUGCAAUGGCAUCUAUUUUCCAGCUUGAUUCUGCUCCUGCAGAGGAGUUUUAAACAUCCAUGUAUAGCCAUAGCAAAAAGUCUGCAGUACGAAAACAACACAGUGGAUCAGAAUCUGUUACCCGUUGCACUAGAAAGGACACAGGAUAAGAAAACAAUGGGGGUUAUCAAUAACAGUAAAGGGCAUGCUCUGGAGUGGACGUGCUGUUCAGUUUCUCUUGGCAGCCCAGUCAGAGGAUGUUCCAUCCCAUGUCCUGAAGCCUUGGAGAAGCCUUCAUCAAAGGACAUUCUCUGAGAUCCUUUUCCCACCCAGGGGGAUAUGCAGUGGAUUCUCGUGCCUGCCAAAACACAUGAUGUCUUUCUCUGCAGGGCUGCUCUCAAUCACACCAUCCCCCAUCCUGUAUUGAAACGAUGGAUGGCCCCAGCCCAGGUGUAGGACCUUACACUUGGCCUUACUGAACCUCAUGAAGUUCUCAGAAGCCCACUUCUCCAGCUUGUCUAGGUCCUCUGGAUGACAUCCCAUCCUAACGGUGUGACAACUGCACCACUCAGCUUGGUGUCAUCUGCAAACUUGAUUAGGGUGCACUCAAUCUCAAUGUCUAUAUCACUGAUGAAGAUAUUAAACAGGACUGGUCCCAGUAUGGACCCCUGAGGGACACCACUUGUCACGGAUCUCCAUCUGGACUUCAAGCCAUUGACCACUACCCACUGAAUAUGACCAUCCAACCAAUUUCUUAUCCACUGAACAGUUCACCUAUCAAAUCCAUCUCUCCCCAAGUUAGAGAGAAGGAUGUUGUGGGGAACUGUGUCAAAUGCUGCACAGAAGUCCAAACAGAUCACAUCCGUUCCAUGAUCUUCCCAGGCACAGAGGUGAGGCUGACAGGUCAGUAGUUCCCAGGGUCACCUUUCCUACUUUUUAAAAAUGGGCACAAUGUUACCCUUCUUCCAGUCACCAGGGAUUUCUGAUUGCCAUGACUUUUCAAAUAUCAUGGAGAGUGGCUUGGCAACUACAUUGGCCAAUUCCCUUAGGACUCUAGGAUUCAUCUCAUCAGGUCCCAUAGACUUAUAUAUGUUAAGGUUCCUCAGGUCGUCACAAACCUGAUUGUCGUCUACAGUGGGAGGGGGUUUACCCCCUUGCUCACCAUCUUGUUGUUCCAUGACCGAGGAGGGGUGAGGAGAGCGGGCAUCAGUGAAGACAGAGGAAAAAAAGUUAAGUACCUCAGCCUUCUCUUCCUCUUUUGAUAUGAGGUCUCCAUUUUCAACGUCAAUGGGGGGACGUUCUCUUUAACCUUCUUUUUCUGAUUCAUGUACCUGUAGAAGCCCUUCUUGUUAGUCUUCACUUCCCUUGCCAAACUCAACUCCAGUUGCUCCUUGGCCUUCCUGACCUCAUCCCUACACAACCAGGCAGCGUCCCUAUACACUUCCCAGGUUGAAGUAGAAGACUACUGUCAUUCUGCUAGUUGGCAUUGAAUAAAAAGCCCAAACGGUUCAUUUCCUUCAUGAGGACCAGCUCUGUAAGGGCAAGACAGGGCAGAAGAGUGAGACAGAGUGUCUCACUGACUCUUGCUUCCAACCACCACCGAAGACAUUCUUGUAGAUUCCAGCAGUGAGGACAGAGGAGGAGAUGCAGGUAACCGGGCAACAAGUGGCUCAAUAAAAACAAACAUAUAUGACAAAACCAGCAAAAUAACUAA